UGGCUUCAAACCCUGGAAUCGACUAAAGUUUGAGUUUAGCACAGUGCUGCCAACUCCGGAGCAAGAAAAGUCCUAAAAGUCGCUAGAGGGGUUUAAAAAAGUCGCUAGAUCUAGUGAUAAAGUCGCAAAAUUGGCAGCUGGACUCCUCCCCUGCUGUAAAAGGAGCUCCUCUUCCUCAGCGCUGCACCUCUGGCGUUAAUGAACUUAAUCCGGAAGUUUCUGUUUUAGUGAUCUCUCUUCCCAACAGAAAGGAUCUUUGUAGACGCAGUCACAAAGUUGCGCUUUUGUUGAUUWAUUCUUUAUCAGAUCCCAGUCGGARCCAGAAGAACUGAACGAUGGCAGACAAGGAGCUUUUCAAAGUGAGAUCUGCGUUUGUGGACAAAGUCUCCUUAGAAGUAAUUAACCAGCUCCUGGACGGCCUUUUGGAAGACMGGAUGUUAAAUUCAGGAGAGAUGGAGGCUGUACUUGAAACGUAUGACACCAGAGCCGACAAGGCCCGGGCUCUCAUCGACAGUGUGAAGAAAAAAGGACCUAAAACCAGCAGGAGGAUGAUUGAUCUCCUGGAACAAAAAGACCCAAUGCUUCAUGAAGAGCUGGGUUUGUCUUCGGCUCAACCAGCUGCGUCGCCCCCAGCGGCUCAGAGUGGGUCGACUGCACCUGAACUCCCCAUUGAAGAGUUCUGGAGAACAAAACAAAACAACUCAAAUGUUUACCCUGUGACCAAAGCUUUCUAUCAGAGCCGUGUUGCCCUGAUGAUCACAAAUAUCAAGUUUUCUCAGGCGACACAAAGAAACGGAGCUGAGAAGGACGAGGAGAACAUGGAGAACCUGCUCCGAAGUUUAGGAUAUGAGGUGGUGAAGCACAGAAACCUAACUGGAAAGGCCAUCGAGGAAGCUUUAAGUGAGUUUUCUACACACCCGAAACUAAUAGAGGCGGACAGUGUGUUCGUGGUCAUCAUGUCUCAUGGAAAGCUCGGAGCAAUUCUGGGCGUCGACUGGAAAGACRAUGACAAGAAACCAGAUGAGUUCCCCAUUAACAACAUUUUUAAACUCCUGGGUCCGAUAAAAUGUCCGCAGCUGGUGAACAAACCCAAGAUCAUCGUCAUCCAGGCCUGCAGAGGAGCCCAGAAAGGAUUUCUUCUUGUCAGCGAUGGUCCAAACCAAGCUGAUGAUGCUCCACAACCCAGAGAGGAAGACUUUGAAGAAGACAAGAUUCACUUUGUUCACAAAGAAAAAGACUUCAUUUCUCUCCUCUCCUGCACCCCUGAUACUGUGUCGUACAGAUGUCCAAAACUGGGAUCUCUCCUCAUUCUGUACAUUGUUGAAAUCUUCAGAGCAGACGCACAUCGGGAACAUGUUCAGGAGCUUUUCCGGAAAGUCAUGCAACGCUUUGAAGAGCUGAACACCGGGAGAAGCAUGCAGAUGCCGACCAUAGACAGAUGCACCUUAACAAAACACUUCUACCUCUUCCCGGGACUCGUGGCUCCAAAACCCUAACAGCCCCACAGAAAGAAGGUCUCCAGGCCACAGGAGCCAUCAGCUGACACUACACUUACACCAGUCCAGUGCAAUAAAAAUGAAGUUUUGAAUGUCACUUUUUAAACGAAGCUCGUUACCAGUGUAGUGGUCACCUCGAGGUGGAAUACUGUAUUCAAUUCAAUUCAAU